AUGGGAAGUCACUACUCGUUUAAUGGUUGGUCUAAGUCUGAACUUGUUGCCAAAGAAGAAGAAACCUCUCCUUUCCCAACCCAACUUCCUCCCGAUUCAAGUGCAAGCGUGUACUAUAAUUCGGUGGAUUGGCAAAAUGAGUUUCCCAUCCAAGAGAGCUUUUUCGAUGCUCUUCCUUUGAUGAGCUCUUUCUACACGGAUCCUUUAUAUGAUUCAUUGGACUUUGAAAAAAGUUCAAGUCUAAUUCAAGAGAACAACCUACUUGGUUGUGAAAAGGGCAACGGCUUUUGGAAUGAAUUGGGUGCCUUGUUUAAGCCCAACGGUAAAAAUGAAGACUUCGGAGAAGAAUUGAAGGAAGAGAGGCGUGCUAAAAGGUGCAGGGAAGAGAAAUGCAGCAGUUCGACAAUGCUGUCUAGGAAAGUCAUCUCCCAGUACUUUUACUUGCCUAUAACUCAAGCGGCAAAGGAGCUUAACGUUGGCUUGACACUGUUGAAGAAACGUUGUAGGGAACUUGGAAUCCGUAGGUGGCCUCACCGCAAGCUUAUGAGCCUCCAAACUCUUAUCUGGAACGUUCAGGAGUUGCAGAAGGAGGAAGGUGAAGAAAGUGAAAGGAAACUGAGGGAAGCAGUCGAGGUCUUGGAGAGGGAGAGGAAGCUGUUGGAAGAGAUGCCAGAUUUGCAAUUGGAAGACAAGACCAAAAGACUUAGACAAGCCUGCUUCAAGGCAAAUUACAAGAAGAGAAAGCUGAUGAUGAUGGAGUCACAAUCGUCUUCCGGUGGUAGCCGAGAAAGUUUGGAUUUAACUAGAGGUUAUGACAUGGAAAACGAAGAAGACGAAGAAGAGAUGAAAUUACUUUUGUCUGACUCCUUUUCAUCAACCAACAUCAUGGCUAAUUAG